AUGUCCAGAUAUCUAGUUAGCGCCCUAUUGGUUUUUGGCUUAAUCGGUCUGAUAAGCGCCCAUAAGAAUAAUUAUGUCUGGGGUACACAUAACACAAACGAAGUUCUGUUGGCUAGACAAAUGGUUGUAAAAUCUGGAUUUUUUGGAGUAGUAACCACUUACGAUUAUGUUACAAAGGAGAUCCCAACACCUCCUAAAAUUUCUUAUAUCAGAAUCACCGAUGUUAAGCCAUUUGGCGGCGCUGCUGCUGUAAUAACAACUGGGGGUCUCAAUACUGAUGCUGUCAAUACAUUUACUAGUCAACGUGGUUUCGGCAUCAAAAGUAUGGUGGAAAUUUAUGGAACUCCAAAUUAUCUAGAGAAUAUUUUGUUUAAAGCUCUUGGUUUAAAAUCUCCCUUCAUUGAGUUUCGGAAUGAAUUUGAAGUACUGGCCAAUAACAGUAUACCGCUUAAUAUAACAAAAGACGAACAGGCCUUAAUGCAUCAAGAGGGUCUGCGGAAGUUGGGUACUUUUAUAAAACCUGUCGAUUUGAGAGAUUCAGAAACGGGUUUUGUCAAAGCCAAUCUUACAAAAAAAGUCUCACCCGCCGUCAGUCAAAGAAUGCAGAAUCAGCGACGACUUCAUCCCAUUCAAGAAGAAAUGGAUCAAAAACAAAUUAUUUUACUCGAUGAAGAUACAGAUGAAAAUGGUUUACCAGCCAGUUUAACCGAUGAGGAUCGUAAAUUUAUAGUGCCCAUGGCAUUGAAAAAUUCACAACCAGAUCCUCGUUAUGCACAAACAAUGGCUAGAAGUUCUAUGUUAUCGGCCACUACAAAAGCAACCACAACUACAACGACAACAACUAAGAAGCCCACAACACCGGCUACACCCGAGUUUGCUUCAAAUAUAGAAGAUUUAAAGAAACAUAUAUUAUUUCUGCAGAAUCUUACGAAACAUGAUAGUAAUUUCCAAUCAAAAUUUGUGGUAUUUCCAAGUCUACAAAAAGAUAAACAAAAAGUUCCUCAACCAGUAGCCACCACAUCAAUGCCCAAAGUACCCAUGAGACCGAUAUAUCAAUAUGCAGCACCUCCUACACGCAAAAACUCGCAAGGCACUUCUUUGAAUGUUAAUAGUAAAGUACCACAAACACCACCGUUUGGUGGCUACUAUCACAAUGAGGAUGAUGAGGAUUCUUUGUCGGCAUUUCUACAGCCGGUGCAUAAAGAUAAAAUUGCCAUAGUACCACAAGUAUUACUACUCAACGAUCAAAAUAAGGAUAGUCAAGGCCGAAGAAUAAACUCCAGUCCGGCUAGUACUACCAGCACAACAACCACUACAACGACCACAACGACAACCACCACCACUACUACUAGACGUCCUACAAAACCCACUAAACUGCCACCUUGUGUACGCAAUCCAGAAUCCCCUAAAUGUAUACGACAACGCAAACGUGAAGAACAACAGCGCCAACGUGAUCGUGAGGCUUUGUUAAGGGAACAAGAGAAAUAUAUGCCCCGCUAUGAACCCUACAUGCAGACCAUUAAUAACACCAAACGUUUUGCCGUGUCAAUUGAAAUACCCGAUUCUUUUAAAAUAAAUAAUACCGACUCACGUUACUCAAGAGGAGAAGAAAAUCUACAAAUUCUUUCACGUUUUGUAAGAUCCACCCAUAAAAGACGUAAUAUAGGUGGUGGUCUAGCGGGUCGUUCGUCAUCGAGUAACGAUAAAUUUGCUUCAAAAUAUGGUGCUAGUGCUUUUUUAGAACGUGAUUCAAUGGUAGCGGCAAGUGGUGGGAGAGAUUUUCUCAUUACAAAUCCCGAACAAUUUGGUAUGUUGCCCCCUAAUGCUACAACUGCUAGUCCGACGGUACCCGCCUAUUCGGAACCUAUCGAUUUGAAUCCCGAUAAUUGUUAUCAGGUCGAUGGCAUGACCUAUGGCCAGAAGAAACAAUGUGUUCUGCAUACUAGUGUUAUGCCGGCCAUAAGUCGGGGUGCGAGAUCUGCGAUACAGGAAUGUCAGUUUCAAUUCAAAAAUCGUCGCUGGAAUUGUACCACUACAGAUGAUAAUACGGUUUUUGGACCCAUGACUGGUUUGGGUUCGCCGGAAAUGGCUUUUAUACAUGCUUUGGCUGCUGCCACUGUUACUAGUUUCAUAGCUCGUGCCUGUCGUGAUGGUCAGCUGGCAUCGUGUGGUUGUUCUAGUGGUUCAAGACCCAAACAGUUGCACGAUGAUUGGACCUGGGGUGGUUGUGGUGAUAAUUUGGAAUAUGCAUACAAAUUUGCUACAGAUUUUAUUGACAUACGAGAAAAGGAAACUAGACGUGGCACACGUGGUGCUGGCAAUCCAGAAAAACGUGGCAGACAACAACGUUUACAACAAAGGCGACAACAGCAGCAGCAGCAGCAACAGCUUUUACAGCAGCAAAUGUUGGCAGAUGAUGCUUCAGUUUCUAUGACCUCUUCACAAAAGAAUGAAACCGUGACAACAACUAAACAACAGCAGCAACAACAACAACAAAAUCAAAAUUCCAACAAUGAUCAUAAAACUAGCAACGGAACAUUGUCAUCACCAUCAUCAUCUUUAGCCUCAGCUGUAGUUAAGUCAAGUGACUUUAAAUCUUUUGAAAAUUCCAAUAAAAAUGUCAGCACAAAUGCAACAACAACAACACUAACAGUUUCGGGAACGAGAAAUACCAACAGUAACAUUAGUAAUGGUCCUAAUAAAAUUGACAUGACACCAGAUUUAAACGGCAACGAUAUGACACACUCUUCUUCCUCAUCAGCCCAACAAAUCAAACAACAACAGCAGCAACAGCAAUUGCCAUCAAUAACACGUUCAUCUUCAGUGGCACCUCCUCGACAGGAGGAAUCAUCCGAAGAGGAUAGCGGUGGUGGAGUUCGCAUUAAACCAGAAGAUUUAUUAGAAUUACAAGAACGUAUAACAAAGGAAAUACUCAAUUCGAAAUUACAGGAAAAGGAAAUGCUUGAAUUACAGGAGAAAAUCAAUCGUGAAAUUUUAAAUUCCAAAGUUUUCAAUAUGGAUGCUAAUAAUGGCGGCAGUGGUAAACGUAAAAAGAAACGUAAAAAUCAACGUGCUGUCAAUGGUAUGUUGGCCGAUGUCGGUAGUUAUCCCAAUAAUCCAAGUGCACCGGGUGUUAGUGGCAGCAGCAGCAAUAGCAAUGGUGGCGGUGGUGGUGGUAAAUGGAAAAAUAGCAUUUCAGCUAAAGCAAGAAGUUUAAUGAAUUUACACAACAAUGAAGCCGGCAGGAGGGCUGUGAUUAAGAAAACCCGUAUUACAUGCAAGUGUCAUGGCGUUUCUGGUUCAUGCAGUUUAAUAACCUGUUGGCAACAGUUGUCAUCGAUAAGAGAAAUUGGUGACUAUUUACGAGAAAAAUAUGAAGAAUCCACAGAGGUGAAGUUGAACAAACGUGGACGUUUACAAGUAAAAGAUCCACAAUUCAAAGUACCCACAGCCCACGAUUUAGUGUAUUUGGAUGAAAGUCCCGACUGGUGUCGAAGUAAUAAACAACUGCAAUGGCCAGGAACCCAUGGCCGUGUGUGUAAUAAAACCUCCAAUGGUUUAGAUGGCUGCGGCAUACUGUGCUGCGGCCGGGGUUAUAAUACCAAAAAUAUUGUGGUGCGAGAACGUUGCAAUUGCAAGUUCCAUUGGUGUUGCCAGGUGAAAUGUGAUGUCUGUGUUAAGAUUAUAGAGGAGCAUACCUGUAAAUAAUUUUUAAUAACCUUUCUAAAGCAUUAUUUACAGCAGACAAAUUGUUUAGAAUUAUGUUUUUGAUUUUUAACUUUCAUGAAAAACAAUGUAAAUGAUAAAUAUUUUUUUUUUUUUUUGUAUUUGAAUUAAAUUAAAAUGUAAUUUUAAAUUAAAAUUAACAUUUAACAAAACAAUUCAUUUAAACUAAAAAGCUUAAAUUUUUAAAUUAGCUUAUAAAACUUAAGAUUAGUUAAAAACAACAACAACAACAAACUUAAUUUAUUUAAAACAAUUAUUAUUUUAUUAAAAUAUAAUAAAAAUUGUAAGAAUUUUAAAGAUAAUGAAAAAAAAAAAAAACAAAUUAUAAAGUUAAAUUUCAUUAAAUUUAAGAUUUAAGCUAAAAUUUAAAGAAAAUAUUUUAUUUAAAAAAGAAGUAAAUCCCAGAAAAAUAAUUCCAUUAAUUUAAGUAUUAAGUCUAAAUAUAAGUGUAUUUAUUUUAUAUUAAAUAAAUGAUUACAUUACAAUAUCUUAUUAAUUAUUAAAUUAAGCUCUAACUUUUGUAUAGAAGAAAACAAAAAACAACUCCCAACUCAUGUAAUUGUAAAAAUCUUAUAAAUUAAUGUAAUGUUAGUUUUAAGAAGAAUUUAAGAUAUGAAGUCUAAAAAUCGUACAGAGAAACUCAAUUAAAUGAUGAAACUGCAUUUACAAAGGGGGUCUGACAUCACUAUUUCUUCUUAAGAAAUCUUCUUAAAAUGAUACUCAGUUUUUUUUGCCCAAAAUUUCGGACUCAUGGCUAACAAAUUUCUAAUGUUUAAGAAAGAACUUUAUUUAGCAAUAUGUUUAGAGGAAACAAAUUUGUUUGUACCAACCAAUUCUUGCCAAUCAGAUGUUCUGUUUGUAUUAAAGAGAACCAAGUCAAAGCUCCAAAGCACAAAAAAUAACCCAGAGACUAGUAUUCUAGUGUCUUUUCUAAAAGAUCCUCAGAAUUUUGACCUCAAAAUUUGUCCUUCAAAUAAGGGAUUCGAGAUAUUUUCUCUUAAAGUUUGAAAAAACAAUUUGACAUAUGAAGGUCCCAUAUAUGUAUAUUGGGUUCAAAAAAGGUUUAACCUUUAAAAAUAUAGAUUUUUCGACGAAAUUUUGAAGUUAAAUUCGGAUUUUGCAGUCCUUUAGAAAAUCAAUAGUUUUAGUAGUGUUAUUUUUAAUAGUCUAGAGUUCGUAAGUUCGGAGAAAUGUCUUCAAAAAAGUCUAAAAUACAUCAGUCUUUUCUUCCCUUUCUAAAUGCCGUUUUAUCCACAAAUUAAGUGAUACAAAUUAAUUUAAAAUCUAUAAGACUUUCUUUUAAGAUAAGAAUUCACUAAACUAAACAUAAAAAUCCCCUUAAUAAUUAAUCUUUAACUUUGUUUCUAGUUUAGAUAUAUAUAUAUUUUUUAAUUAAAAAAAAGCUUUAUGUAUAAUUUUAUUUAAAAAAAACUAUCUACUUAUCAAAUCUUAAGAAAAAACAAAACAGAACAAAACAAAACUCGAAUAUUAUUGAUUACUGUGUGUAUUUGACUUGUAUUAAACAAAUUAUUUUGUAAAAAAACAGAAAUAUUAUUAAACAUUAAAGAACAAAAUAUUUUAAUUUAUAACAAAAGAAAUAAAAAAAACUCUU